AUGGGACCUAGAAACCAAACAGGUGUUUCAGAGUUUAUUCUCCUGGCACUGACAGAGGAUCCGGAACUGCGGUCCCUCCUCUUUAUCCUGUUUCUGUCCAUAUAUCUGCUCACAGUCCUGGGAAACCUGCUCAUCAUCCUGGCUGUCAGCUCUGACUCUCAACUUCACAACCCCAUGUACUUUUUUCUUUCCAAUCUCUCGUUUACUGACAUCUGUUUCAGCACCACCACGAUCCCAAAGAUGCUGGUGAACCUCCAAGGACAGAAUCAGAGCAUCACUUAUGCAGGAUGCCUCACUCAGGUCUGCUUUGUGCUGGUUUUUGGUAGUUUGGAAAGUUUUCUCCUUUCAGUAAUGGCCUAUGACCGCUAUGUGGCCAUUUGUCACCCACUGAGAUACACAGCUAUCAUAAAUCCCCGCCUCUGUGGCCUGCUGACUCUAGUCUCCUUGCUCAUUAGCAUUUCAGAUGCCCUGUUCCUCAGUCUGAUGUUGUUGCGAUUAUCCUUCUGCACAGAUCUGGAAAUUCCUUACUUCUUCUGUGAAUUUGUUCAGGUCAUCAAAGUUGCCUGUUUUGAAGCCCUCAUCAAUAACAUCAUCUUAUAUUUUGCAGCUAGCAUACUGGGUGCUCUUCCUUUCUCUGGAAUCAUUUUCUCUUAUACUCAAAUUGUCUCUUCCAUUUUGAGAAUACCUUCAGCAGGUGGAAAGUAUAAAGCUUUUUCUACCUGUGGGUCUCACCUUUCAGUUGUUUCCUUAUUCUACGUGUCAGCUUUUGGCACAACAUUUACACACUCUUCUAGAAAGACUGCAGUAGCUUCAAUGCUGUACACUGUAGUUACUCCCAUGAUGAACCCCUUCAUCUACAGCCUGAGAAACAGGGACAUAAAGGGAGCCUUGGGGAACAUUAUCAGGUGCACACCUGCUUUUCAGUGA